AAAAACACCUCAGUCUUCCCACUGACACGGGUCUGUAAGGGCCGGAAAGCUUGCGAAUUAAGUCUACUCGGUUAUCUCGCACUGGACGCAGGUCCAGAUCGGAUCAGGUUUUCUCAAAACUGCGCAUUGCCCUGACAAUGUCCCUAGCCAACCUGAAAUCGAGUGACCUGUACGAUGAGCCCAUAAAUCUGUGGAAAACCAAACAGCGGGUCCAUUACCACCACGAUGUGGUAUCCAGAGAAAAUAAUAACCGAGCAUCCUCUGAUGGCUGUGAAUAUAUCACCCUAAGUGUGCCAAAGAAAGCCUCGUUUUCGCGCUCCCCCCCGAACUCGCUGCCUCCGUCUAUUCCGGGGACCCCUCCUCACCUAGGGGGUGCCACUUCCAGUCAGGUGGUCCGUUACGCCAGGACUUCGUGCGAUCACUGCGGACACCAUCAAAUCCCUGUCAUGUCGCCGCACCCCAUUUCCCCACUGGCGAAGUCCCAGACGAAUCUAGACCUCGUGGAGCACUCCAGUCAGCGCCAGGCCCUGCUCCCUCUGCCUACGAUCGGAGUCCAUCGGGAGGACUCCGCCUGCACCCUCCAGGUGUCCCGGAGACCAUCGCUACUCCUCCAGGAGAUCCUUACACAGCGACCGCCAAUCUACGGCCGGAAGGAUGCCUUUCUCUCACCACGGCCAGCUAGAAAUGGAAAUCUGCAAGGAACCGCCAGUGGCAGUACCGCGACCAUUAACUUACAAAGUGGAACGGCGAGUGCCAGAAAUGGAUCCACGGCCUUCUUUGACAAUGGAGCCAAGAGCUUUCAGGCUAAGCAACAAAAAGAAAAGAACCGGCGAACCGGCAACGACGCUAUAAGCUCGGCUUUAUCGGCCACCUAUUGCAAACUUUUGGUUCUGCUCGGCGUGUGUCUGCCAAUCACGGAAGUGAUAUCGGAUCAGAUACCGACCUACGUUUACCAGGGAUUCUACGUGUACCUCUACUGCGGCAGCAUACUGUUUGUGGUGUUUCUCUAUAUUAGUGCUUUUCGCCAUAGAUCUCUCUUCAAUGCCCUAAAAGAGUAUCAUGAGAAGAACAGCAAUGUGCAUUUGAAGCACAAAGUGACCCACUUCGGUAGCUUCUACUUAAGAGUUGGAGCCAUAGCCUUUGCCAUUGGCACAAUGGUAUAUUCCGGCCUAGAGUUCGGUCAGUUCUUUGAAUUGAACGGCCAUCCUGGAUGCCGAGACGUCUUCGUGGCCAUCACGCCCAUUUGCCGCAUGGUUCUGUGCAUCGCCCAGGUACAGUUCAUCUUUCUGAACACAACGUACAUGGACAUGGCUCGGCACAAGGUCACCUCGCGGUUUGGAUUGAUGCACAUGGUGGCUACUAACUUGUGCGAAUGGCUGUACGUUCUGGUGGAGGAAACCAAGCAUGAGAUUUUCCACAUCGGCCAGCACGAAGUGGAUCCGGCCCACGAUCUUGUAGCCCACAAUCACAAUAGAACCGACUGGGCGGCGGUCAAUGAGUCUUUACACUUGCACCACCACAGCCACUCCCACUUGACGGUCAAGGAUCCGCUGAACAACACCGUCCUGGCCACUAAUGUCAGCUCUAUUAUAGCGAAUAUGACUAUCACAGCCUCCCCCACAGCAGCCACUGUCUUCAAUGGCUGUUCCCGCACCACGAUUAUGGGCUCCUUGGUCCAGCAGCUCUCCCCCUUCCUAUUUCCCUGCACCAUCGAGUACUCGCUAAUAUGCGCCGUUAUUCUCUUCGAAAUGUGGAAAACUGUGAAGUCAAUUCCAGACAUCGACAAGUCCCGCAAGAACUCCGUUAAGCCGGUUACCCAGAAGCCGGCGCAUCACUUCUCGGUGGACUGUUCGCAGUCGCACAAGGGCCUCUUCUUCGGUAUCCUGAUCAUUGUGAUGACCAUCAUAUCUAUGAUCAUGUACUUUGUCCUCUACACUCAGCCUGGCUACGAGCUUAUUGCCACCCAAGAGGUCACUCUUUGGGAAACCUUCAUGUACUUCAUGUGUGCCUCGGCUGUGAUAACGGGCAUGAUCCUGAUGCGGGACCUGCGCUACAUCAAGGAUACCAGCGACGAGCAUCACUCGAUGGACCUUGAUAACCUUCUCUUGAUUGUGGCCCAGACUGGGGUGUACCUGUAUGGCAUGUUCAGCAUUCUGGGCAGCUACUUUGCCAAGUGGGACACUGUCCCCGACCGGGUGGAAGGUAUUAUAGCCGAGGUGUUCGGUGUGGUACAGACAUCUCUGCAGACGAUGUUCAUCCUCCACUCGAGCCACCGUCGGUGCAAGGGCGCCAAGCAGGUGCGGAAAAAGCCGGGCAGGGAGAUUAUCACCUUCCUACUGGUGGCCAACAUUGCCAUAUGGUUUGUAAACACGCUCAUCAAGGGACGGGCUGUGUUCCGGGAGAGCCACCUAGAAUUCUUCGGUGUAUGGGGGUGGACGAUCAUCACCCACAUUUCCAUGCCUCUGGCGAUAUUCUAUCGAUUCCAUUCCACGAUCUGCCUGUUCGAAGUCUGGAAGAUCACCUACAAGGCCAAGGCUCAUUAGCUACCGAAAAAGCUUGUCACUAAGUUUUCUCUAACUUUUUUGCCUCACUUUUACGCAAAUUUUCGAAAAAAUAGUCAAUAUAUUAAUAAGAGCGAAACGGUUGAAAUUUCUGAAAUGUAAAAUAAAAACUAAUUUAUUAACUUAAAAGAAAAA